AGCAAUGUUAUUAAAAAAAUAAGUUCUCAUUUUUGUUGGCUCUAGGUUAUCGCUCGCCGGGAAUAACCGGUACCUUCUCCGGUUUGCUGAGCUCUCCAGAUAGAUAGAUAGCCGUUGAAAGGAAUGGAAUCGACGCCAGAGUGGGCCUCUCAACCUUGCAUCAUGGGCAUCGACGAAGCCGGGAGGGGUCCUGUCUUAGGACCAAUGGUGUAUGGAUGCUUGUACUGCCCCCUCUCCUACCAGUCUUCUCUCGCCUCUCUCCAUUUCGCAGAUUCAAAGACUCUAAAGGAAGAGAAAAGAGAAGAACUAUAUGAGAAUUUAAAGCUUGACAAGUCGCUUGGAUGGGCUGUUGAUGUCAUUGGUCCACGGGAGCUCUCUGCUAAGAUGCUCGCAAUAAACAAGAUCAAUUUAAAUGAGAUCUCACAUAACUCCGCUAUGGGGCUUAUCAAACAGGUUCUAGACAUGGGAGUACUUCUUACAGAGGUUUAUCUUGAUACUGUGGGAGAUCCAGAGAAGUACAGAGUCAAAUUGUCUGAGAGGUUUUCUUCCAUCAAGUUUGUCGUUUCAAAGAAAGCAGACAGUCUUUAUCCUGUUGUUAGUGGGGCAAGUAUUGUGGCUAAGGUGACAAGAGACAGAGCCUUGAGAGAAUGGUUGGUAGAAGAAACCGGAGAAAACAUUAACAGAAACUUUGGUUCUGGAUAUCCUGGAGAUCCUGAGACAAAGGCAUGGUUGACCCAACACAAACAUUCUGUGUUUGGAUUCCCUUCAUUGGUUCGUUUCAGCUGGGGAACUUGCACUACGCAUUUAAAAAGCGAGGUUGAAGUUACAUGGGAAUCAGAUGAAGCUGAAGAGAGUGGUAAUGGAAAUAGCAGUACCAAGAGACAGUCGAAACUAAGCAAAUUCGGGUUCACAACAUGCGAGAGCAGAAGCGAAGAAAUCGAGUCAAGUGGAAAAGGGCGUUGCAAGUUUUUCCAGGCUCGCAAAAUCCAACAGAUCACUCAGUUUUAGCCUCAAUAAAGGCCUAAUCCUACUUCUAAUAGAUGUCUGUCACUCUUGUUAUCGCUGAAUGUUUAUUAUUUUGAAUAUUUAGAUUCACAUGAUUUUUCUUUGGUU